AUGCCUCCAUCCUCAAUCCCCCCGUUCCUCCUCCCCCGAGGCCUCCCAACAGCCCGAACCCUCCGCACCCUCCAACAAACACAACACCACGCCAGCAGCAAUGGCCUAACCACCCGCCGCUGCUUCUCCGAGACUCGCACCGUCGCCGCAAGACCUAAGCGCGUAACGGAUAAAUCGCGCAUUCUCUCCCAGCCAGACAAGUUUCGUCCCCCGUCGCACCCGCAGCGUCUGGUUAAUCCGGCGCGGACGGCGCCGUCGGGUCAACCGGUCAAUUAUGGGCGGGCGUUGAGUGCGGAGGAGCGUGCGGAACAGGAUAAGAAGCAGUAUCCGAAUAUGUUUCCGCCGGAGGGGACGGUGAUGUUUAAGUUUUUGACUUCGAGGUGGAUUCAUAUUUGGAUUGCUAUGGGCACCCUUACCACCCUAGCAACAUUCACCUUCACCACAAACUUCAAAGCAACCUCCCCCUUCGCCCACCUCCUCCCCUCCUGGUCCGAUCUCCUCACCCACCCAAUCGGCACCUGCUCCCAAGCAAUGCACGUCUACCGCAUGCACGUGCAACACGAGUCCAUGCGUGUCCGUGAACAGCGCCACCGUCGUGUCGAGGAUGCCGAGAAGCGUCGGCAGUACCGCAUUGCGCAUGGCUUGGAAGACGCUCCUGAGAAGGAGGGUUCGGUCGUCUCCGUUGAGGGUGGUGAUGAUGGGCAGUCGCCCGUUGCGACCGAUGUGGCGGUUGCUGCUGCUGGUGACGCGGCGGGUGAGGAGUUUGUUGAUUGGGAGGGGAAGAAGAAGCCUGUUAAGAAGUGGCUUGGGAUUUGGUGA